CCGCGACGCCCUCCCCCCCAUCCGCUCGCAGGCACGGGGCUCCAGCCGGGUCCCCUCGGUCCCUGGGCCCUGACCCCCACCACCUCCCGAGGGGGUAGGGGAUGUGUUGGACGAGGGCACUGCGACCCCGGGACCUGCAGCCAGAGGCGACCACCAACCUCCUCCUCGCUCCGCCAUGACCAAGCACCACCUCCCCGUUCUGCUCCUCGCCCUCACGGUGAUGCUGCCGCCGCUGUUGGGGUCAGAGGCUCAGGAAUUUCUCGCCGUGCCGAGAGUGAAGAUAUCCUACGAUGAGUUGGCGCAGGAGGAGGCGAUGAGUUUCCGCGCCGUGCCCGACGCGUCGGCGCUGCUGCUGGUGCCGCAGCGCUCGGCGCUCUACGUGGGCGCGCGCGACGCCAUCCUCGCCCUGGACGCCCGCAACGUCUCCCGCGAGCUCCACCCCGCCAUCACAUGGAAGGCCGACGAGCAGACGCAGGAUGACUGCAGGGCCAAGGUCUCCCCCGCCGCCGCCGUCAACUGCUACAACGUGGUGCGCACCCUGCACCUGCUCAACGACACGCACCUGUACGUGUGUGGCACCUACGCCUUCCGGCCCAUGUGCGCCUACGUGGAUCUGAACUCCUUCUCCCUGGUCGCCAGCUCCGUGGGAGGGGGCCCUCAGCUGGUGGAUGGGAAGGGUCAGUGCCCCUACUCACCCUCGCAGCGCUACGCCUCCACCAUGGCCGGUGGGAAGCUCUACUCCGGCACGUUUUACAACUUCCUGGGCACGGAGCCCGUCGUCAUGCGCAACAUGGGCCCCGACGACCCCCUGCGCUCCCUCUACAAGUCCUCCUGGCUCUCCGAGCCCGAGUUUGCGGCGGCGGAGCAUGUGGCGGAGAGCGAGGAGGGCGGAGACGAGGACGACAAGGUUUACCUCUUCUUCACGGAGGCGGCGCAGGAGUUCGACUUCUACUCCAGCAAAGUGGCGGUGCCCAGGGUGGCGCGAGUAUGCACGGGAGACCGCGGCGGGCAGAGCUUCCUGCAGAGGAAGUGGACGUCAUUCGUGAAGGCGCUUCUCCCGUGCUCGGUGCCCGGGGAGAACCUCUUCUUCCCGUCGGUUCGCGACGCGUUCGUGCUGCGGCCGAAGGAGGGCUGGCGUAACGUCACAUUCUACGCCGCCUUCACCUCCACUGCCGCGGGCAGCGGCGCCGUCUCGGCCGUCUGCUCGUACCGCAUGGACGAGGUGCAGCGCGUCUUCUCCGGACGCUUCAAGCACCAGGGAGGGGCCGACCAGCGGUGGGCCCCCUACGCGGGGGCCCUGCCCGCACAACGGCCCGGAUACUGCCCCCUGGGCUGGGACUCGCAGAUGCUGCCCUCCGAGACGCUCAACUUCGUCUCCGACCACCCCCUGAUGGAUGAGGCGGUGAAGGCCGAGGGGGGCCGGCCCUGGCUGCUGGUGCCGGGAGUGGCCUACAACCGGCUGCUGGUGGUCGACGUCGCGGCGCUGGACGGCAAGAGCUGGAGGACGCUGCUGCUGGGCACAGACGCGGGCGCGCUGCACCGCGCCGUGCUGCCGGAGUCGCGCGGAGAUCCUCACCUGGUGGAGGAGCUGCAGGCGCUGGGGCAGCAGGAGCCUGUGCUGUCCAUGGUGCUGACCCACGACCAGACCUCGGUGGUCGUGGCCGGCCCCGCGGGGGUGGUGCAGCUGUCCGUGUGUCGCUGUGGCCGCUACCGCGCCUGCUGGGACUGCGUACUGGCGCGGGAUCCCUGCUGCGCCUGGGACCCCCAGCGGAGGCUGUGCAGGCGUCACGGCGGGGAGACCGGCACCGGGUCGUGGCUACAGGACGUGAGUGGUGGUGACGCGACGACGCUCUGCUCCGCUCACCCGCCAGACGUGGUGGCCGUCCGCGUGGCGCUGGCGCCGCUGCUGCUGCUGCCCUGCUCCCCCCCCUCCCGCCUGGCGCGCCUCUCCUGGGAGCGAGACUCCGGCCCGGCCCCGGGGCAGCCGCUGCCCGAGGCGGGCCUGCUGCUCCGCCAGGGCGCCCCCCCGGCCCCCCGGGAUCUCACGGGCACGUACCUGUGCUGGGCCGAGGAGGCCGGCCACCGGCGCCUCGUGGCCAACCGCACGGUGGUCUUGGCGGGCGUGGUGGCGAACGCGGGCAGCGCGACGGUGGCGGCGGGCGUUCUGGCCACGCUGCUGGUGGUGGCCGUCGCCGUCGUGUGCCUGCUCGUGUGCUGCGGCGGCGGCGACGGCAGCCGCCGCGGCUACAGCCCGACGCGGCUCGACAACGGCGAGCAGGCGGCGGACGCCGCGGGGAUCCGGCUGCAGCAGGUGCCCGGGAACAACGGCACGGUGGGCGAGACGAGCGCGUGACGGCCUCCCCACCCGCGAGCGAUGGCCGGAGCGCGCCGCGUUGACCACACCGCCGGCGCGGGACACGGUGAGGGGGGGGGGAGGGGUGGGGGGGUCGAGUGUCACCGCGGCGGAGGCGAAGACGAGUCGGUGGGUCUGCCAUCGCGACGACAGCAAAACACGGUUGAGACUCCCGUGACGAUUGGACGCCCACGCGCGGCGGAUUCACGGCUCGCGAGCCCGCCCAAGGGUGCGCGCGCGAAAGCCCCCAAAAGGAAACGUCAGGCGGCCGGCAACAAAACGGCACCACCGAAGUCGUAACGACGCGCGCGGUGCGCUGCGUCCUGGGGCUUGCGGAGCGCGCGCCGCGCGUGCCGCUGGCGCUGUUUGUGCGGGCGCACGGGCUCGCGUGCCCGCCGCGCCGAGGCCGUCGACUAGCCGUGAGGCAGGCGAUGCCACAGCACGGGGGAGCCCACAAUGCUGGAAGGGGCCCCAAGCAUUGGGAUACAAAGAAAAUAAGAGGAAACGGGACGGGACGGGGCAGAGGGUGGGGGUGCCCAUCGUUUAAUUCCUCGCACUACGAGGGGCCAUGCCAACGACACUCCGCCAACCGGCUCCCCCACAGGGUCAGCGUGGUGGGUAGGGUCUCCACUUGUCCUGGCUUAAAAAGUCCCGUUUCUUUGUCAGUGGCGUAGGAACAGUGCCGGAUCAUCCUCGUAGCAAAAGUCGCUACAAAUGUAGUAGCUACGGGCCCCGCACUUUCAAGGGCCCCGCGCUAAACGCUUUCAAGCU